AUGGGGAAAUACGAGUCGUUGCGCCUUGUGUCAGACGCCUAUCCGGGCGUCCCACAGGUUAGAGUCCAGGGUGCAAUGGCGCUGUUCAUUGCGACCUCGAUCCUCUGGGCGUUGAUCUGGCUUACCUACCGUGCAUAUCAAGUUUGCUUGACUCCGAACGAGCUGCUGGUCGAAAAGCUCGGCUUGGACAUCCCUCCCACUCCGGAAGUGAUUUUGGAAGAGAUAGGAGGCCGAGAUGUUCGCAUAGCUUGGAAAUACCCGGAGUUGCAGAAUUCGGUCCAUAAACAUGCGGUGCAAGUAAAUGGCCUUCGAGUCGGCGAGACGAAGCGUUCCGAGACUGCCGUUUCCAUUUUCAACCUUCAGCCCAACCGGAUCUACCAUGUAUGCGUGAUCGCAAUCAGUUCAGCCAAUUUCCAAACUUGCAGCGCUGUUCUCCAUAUCCGCACAGGUCAAGGGCCCUUUCCACCUGAACAAAACGACGAGAAUGGCGGACCCCCUCUCAUUCAGGCGUAUGUUCCCAAGGCGGCCACGAUCGUGUCACCGUCGGCGCCGGUCAUGUCCAGAGAACACAGCGGUGGAGUAACACAAGCAAAACGAUCUGGCGGAGGAAGAAAGUCGAUCGGAUCAACAUCCACUCAGGAACAUACCAUUCCGCAGGCGCCGGAUGAUGGAGAGUCCAUAGGCAACGAAUCAGAAGGUUCUCUCAAGCAACUGGCAGAACGUCUGAAAUACCUUCAACAAGAGAACGAGACGCUCGAUAGACACCUGUUUCAGGAAGACAAGGAGUACGAACAACAACUGCGAGACUUAGAAGACCAAAGGAAUGAUUUAAAGCAACGAGUAAAAGAAAAGGACGAUGCAAGUGGCGACCUGCGGAAGCAUAUCAAUAAGCUGGAAAGCGUCAAUCGAACGGCCCAAAGCGAGAAAAGCAAACGGGAGAAGCUCCUGCAGCAAAAGGAAGCUGAACGGAAAAAGCGGAGUGAAGAUAUCAUUAGGUGGGAUGAGAAAUCGAUCGAGAUAAAGGCUGAGCUGGCCAAUCUUCAGGAAGAGAAGUCCCGCAUCGAUGAGGAGUCUACCAAGCAAAUCGAAGAGUAUCGGCGCAAGGUUACAGAGGAGCAAGGUGAAAUGAAACAAAUCGACGAAGAUAUCAAGAUCAAGGGCAGUCGUAUUAAAGCCCUAGAAGAGGAAAGACGACGGCCUGAAGGAGAUGACAACGACGAGGCUAGAGAGUUGGAACGGAUGGAGAGAGAACGUGAACGCUUCUGGGAUGGGAAAAUCGCAGGCCUUCGCACCCAGUACGCCUCUCUCAUGAAUGUGCACUCUCAGGCCCAGCAGCAGUAUUACGAGGCUCAAGACCGACUCCAGUGGACAAACGCUCAAUGGGCCAGCCCUUCAGCGCCGUUUGGCCCUAUUGCCACUCCUGAGCUAGGCCUCAACAGAAGAACGAGCAGCCAUCGACGUAACCGCCAUCGAAGCUCUCUUAACAGCAACAUGUCAUCACCCGUGAGCUUCCCCUUGGUCGAUACUGCGUUCCCAAAUUCAAACUACGGCCAAGUCGGCAAUAACUCGCCAACGUUCACCUCCGGUCCAACGUUUUUCAACAUCAACAAUGGAAUGACAAUCUCCGAUCCAGCUGAUAAUAUCAGCCCCGUCCGAGCUGAUAUCGAAAACCCGCCCAUGAGCCCCCGUGCCGACGCGUUACUACCAUCUGACCUCCUCGGGGACGAGGAGCAGAGUGUCGGCGAGGCGCCAGAAAUUACACCAUUUCCCGGAGUGCCCACCGCUCCCUUUGAGGGUCUCCUACCCAACUCACCAUCGCCACUCUCUUCUGGCAGCGAUCCCACAAGCAUCUUCGCCAGCCCUCAUGGAAGCCUGAACAAUCUCCAUGAUACCGACCGUAACUCUGGAAAAGCCACACUACCUGGAAGCCAGCCUCCUCCCGACGGCGCGCAGAGUGCAUCUCGACGGCUCUCGGGGUUAUUUGGUUUUAACCGCCAGAGAGGAAAGACCAUGGCCGAUGGGCCUCCUCUACUUGGGAGCCUUAAGUCAGGACAGAGUCAAUCGUUCCCCGGGAAUUUAGAAGACGACUUUGACCCGAUUGGUACGAGACGUCGUCGUUUGAGCUAUACCACCAACUGGGCGAACCCAAUGACUACGCUCUUUCCCCGUAGCAAUACUUCCCAUGUUACAGGCGAUAGUUCGUCUGACCGUAUACCUGCGGGGAGACGGGCAAUGUUUCCGAGUUUCUUCACAUCAGGAAGACACGGGUCAGGAGUUUUCACCAACCCCAACCAAUCAUCACUUAAUUCUCCAGAUGCAAGCAAAGGGUAUAAUCAAUUUAGCCCUCGUCAUGACCCGAUUGAUCCCUCUAUACUUGGGACUGUUCGUCGGAAUUCCCUAUCACCCCGGCCCUCGUCAACAUAUUCAUUCGAAAACGCCCUCCCACGGCCUACAAUGGAAAACCAGCCAUUCGGAUGGCCUUCCACCGAUAAGGCAGCGAGUUCUGGCCUUGACUGGAUCUCUCCCACUGCUUGGUCACGUAACCAGUCUCGUCGCCCUUCAGUUCAAGUAGGUUCGACUGGCCACUUACCUCUUGGUUUACCUACUGAAUUAGAAUUCCAUGAAGCCCCAUACGAGCCACAGAGGCCAAUACAGGCACCCAUUGGGACUCGACCCCCGUCUUCUCAUCGCCCUAUCACCCCAAAACUAAACCCCACCGCACCAUCAUUUACAACCAUCUUCGGUAAGAAGCUUGAUCGGCCCAAAUCGAAGGAUUCGGAACGCCCUCGAUCACGCGGAAACGAAUCCACCCAUGAAGAGAUGUCGCCCCCUGCGUCUCGCCGGUCGAAAGACUCCCGCUCGAUCCAAACAGCUGCCACGGAGUCACACGAGUCACUCGAACAGGUGCCAUCGUCUACUCCAUCGGAGGCAGUGAGUACUAAGGAAACAUUCAUUCAGAAACUUACACGCAAAGGAAGCUCAAGCAAGUUCAAUAUGCCCUGGAAGGAUCGAGCCAGCCUGUUCUCUAAAAAAGGAGAUUCAACCGGCCAGGGUGAUCCUGACGGCGAGGGAAAUAGCGAGAUCCAACUAGGCAAAAGCAACGAGAGCGCAAUUUCACUUACCCUCGGUGAUAAAUCUGGAGAUAGAUCUAGUAAGAGUAGCCUUGGCUUUGGGUUUAUCCGGAAAUCGAAGAAGGUAGAUAAAGCACCAAGUGAAUCGAGUGGGAUAGCGAGCGAGGCUGGGGAUGAGUCAAUGUCAGAGGAUAUAUGA